ACCUAAGUCGCGUUUACCUCGAGCAUCUCCGUAUUAUUCUGGCUUUUCCUCUAUCUCUAAACCCAACCGUAACUUUCCUGCUACGGCAUCAAGUUGUGUACUCCGUCGGUAGCGCCUGGAUCUCCUAACUAGUCCACUCACACCGGCUACCGACUCGGCUAGUCGCGUCGCAGUCGCGUUAAGUGUCUGCUGCACUGCCAAUAACCAACCACAGCCGAACCCAUCAUCGCGACCCCUCCCCUUCACAACCAUGGCUCCCUCGCGUCCGAGAGCCAGCGCCGUCGAUACCGACGCGUCCAUGUCUGAUGCGCCAGACCCCGCGCCUGCUCGCCCAGACGAGAUGGAGAUAGAUGAGACGCCCGACCACAGCGACUCCGACACGAACCCGAAUACCACAGCCAGCAGUGUUGCUGGAGACCAGACCGUCGACGGGCGCAGGAAGCGCUCGGAGGCUAACCAGCUGCGUCGAAGCGUGUUUGGGAAAAAGCACGACCUGCUGGGAGAGUCCAAGGAAGACGAUAGCAUUCGAAGAUUUCGCUAUCUGCUGGGAUUGACCGACCUCUUCCGACACUUUAUCGAGACGAACCCCGACCCCAAAAUCCGCGAGAUUAUGCACGAGAUCGACCGCCAGAAUGAACAGGCUGCGAAGUCAAAGAAGAAAGGUGUUCGCCAGGGUGGCGCCGAGACCGGCCGCGCCCGCCGGACGGAAGCCGAAGAAGACGCAGAGCUGCUCAAGGAUGAGCGACAGGGAGGGUCUGCCGAAACGGUGUUCCGCGAGUCGCCGCCCUUCAUCCACGGUACCAUGCGAGACUAUCAGGUAGCCGGCUUGAACUGGCUCAUUUCCCUCCACGAGAAUGGAAUUUCGGGCAUCCUCGCCGAUGAGAUGGGCUUGGGAAAAACCCUUCAAACCAUCUCCUUCCUCGGUUACCUGCGCCACAUUAUGGAUAUCAAGGGCCCCCACUUGAUCACGGUGCCAAAGUCUACACUCGAUAACUGGAAUCGUGAAUUCACCAAGUGGACGCCGGAAGUCAAUGUCCUGGUUUUACAGGGCGCCAAGGAAGAGCGACAUGCUCUCAUCAACGAACGUCUGAUCGAUGAAAAGUUCGACGUUUGCAUAACUAGCUACGAGAUGAUCCUUCGAGAGAAGGCACAUCUCAAGAAAUUUGCCUGGGAGUAUAUCAUCAUCGACGAGGCGCAUCGCAUCAAGAACGAGGAAUCUUCCUUGUCGCAAGUCAUUCGUCUCUUCAAUUCACGGAACCGACUGCUGAUCACCGGAACCCCACUUCAGAACAACCUUCACGAGCUCUGGGCCCUCCUUAACUUCUUACUUCCCGAUGUGUUUGGCGAUAGCGAAGCUUUUGACCAGUGGUUCUCGGGACAAGACGCCGACUCGGAUGUCGUCGUGCAGCAGCUCCACCGAGUUCUCCGACCUUUCUUGCUACGCAGAGUUAAGGCUGACGUCGAGAAGAGCCUGCUGCCGAAGAAGGAAGUCAAUCUCUAUAUCGGUAUGGCGGAAAUGCAGGUUAAGUGGUAUCAGAAAAUCUUAGAGAAGGAUAUCGAUGCUGUCAAUGGCGCUGGUGGCAAGCGAGAAUCCAAGACUCGUCUGCUCAACAUCGUGAUGCAACUGAGGAAAUGCUGUAACCAUCCUUAUCUCUUCGAAGGGGCCGAGCCCGGCCCUCCAUACACCACCGACGAGCACCUGGUGUAUAACUCGGGGAAGAUGGCCCUGCUGGAUAAGCUUUUGCGAAGAUUACAAAAGCAAGGAAGUCGUGUCUUGAUCUUCUCGCAGAUGAGCCGUCUGUUGGACAUCUUGGAGGACUAUUGCGUAUUCCGAGAGUACAAGUAUUGCCGUAUCGAUGGUGGGACCGCUCACGAAGACAGAAUUGCUGCGAUCGACGAGUACAAUAAGCCCGACUCCGAGAAAUUCAUAUUUCUUCUCACCACUCGAGCCGGCGGCCUCGGUAUCAACUUAACCAGUGCUGACAUCGUCAUCCUCUACGAUAGCGACUGGAACCCCCAGGCUGAUCUCCAAGCUAUGGACCGCGCCCACCGAAUCGGCCAGACGAAGCAAGUGGUUGUCUACAGGUUUGUCACCGAAAAUGCCAUUGAAGAAAAGGUCCUGGAACGAGCGGCACAGAAACUCCGCCUCGACCAAUUGGUAAUUCAGCAGGGACGUGCCCACCCUGGAGCUAAGGGUCCGGCAGGUAAAGAAGAGCUCCUGGACAUGAUCCAGCACGGCGCCGAGAAGGUCUUCCAGACGAAAGGAGCGGCCGGAAUGCCCGCCAACGGUACCGAGCUCAACGACGACGAUAUUGACGAGAUUCUGUCCAAGGGCGAGAAUCGAACAAAGGAACUCAACGCCAAAUACGAAAAGCUCGGUAUCGAUGAUCUUCAGAAGUUCUCAUCAGAGUCCGCCUAUGAGUGGAAUGGGGAGGUGUUCGGCAAGAAGAAGGAUAUCGGAGUGAACUGGAUCAACCCCGCCAAGCGCGAGCGCAAGGAACAGUCCUAUUCCGUCGAUAAGUUUUAUAGGCAGGCCAUCUACGGCACCAGCAAGGCGGAGGCGAAGCCAAAGGCGCCUCGGGCUCCCAAACAAAUCGCCGUCCACGACUACCAAUUCUAUCCACCACGACUCCGGGAUCUCCAGGACCGGGAAACGGCAUUCUACCGGAAGGAAAUAGGCUACAAAGUCCCCCUAGCCGAUGGUGACGACGAGAAUCUGUCCGAAAGAGAAGCCGAGCGUGCUCUAGAUCAACAAGAGAUCGACAACGCGACCCCACUAACUGAAGAGGAACAAGAGGAGAAGCAAAAGUUGUCCACCCAAGGUUUUGGUGAGUGGAAUAAGCGAGACUUCCAGCAGUUUAUUAACGGCUCCGGCCGCUACGGGCGUCACGAUUACGAGCGAAUUGCCGAGGAGGUUGACAGCAAGACGGCCGCAGAGGUCAAGGCAUAUGCCAAGGCCUUUUGGCAGCGAUAUAGCGAAAUUGCGGACUACCCCAAGUAUCUGCAGAUUAUUGAAGCCGGAGAGGAACGGAUGCGUAAGACGGAACAUCAGCGGAAGAUGCUGCGCAAGAAGUUGCAGCUAUACCGCGUGCCCCUUCAGCAGAUGAAGAUCAGCUACUCGGUGUCGACCACCAAUAAGAAAGUUUACACCGAGGAAGAAGACAGGUUCCUCUUGGUCAUGCUGGACCGACACGGCAUCGACUCGGAGAACAUCUACGAUCGAAUCCGUGACGAGAUUCGCGAAAGCCCUCUGUUCCGAUUCGACUGGUUCUUCCUCAGCCGGACACCGAUCGAGAUCAGCCGCCGAUGUACGACCCUCCUCACUACGAUCGUGAAGGAAUUUGAAGAUACGCCGCCGACAAAGGUAAACGGGGUCAACGGCAAGGGCAAGAGGGAGCCGGAGGACGAGGAGAACGACGAGGACAGCAUCCUGGGAAUGGCGCCGGCCAAGAAGAAGUCGAAGACGGGCGUCAAAGUAGGUUAACAGAUCGCGAUUCGGCACGGGGCAACCACGGCUGUCAGAUGCUAACCUGU